CGGUCAGUCAGUCGCGCUCCAGCCGUCGUAGCGGAAGGUUUGUCGUCGCGCUCUCGUUUUGUUUUUCAGUCUUGUCCGCGGUCACAGUUCGCUAACGAAUGGAUUGUUUUCCCCGGUGUUUCGUGACACCUUGUGCACGCGAAUCAGUGGUCCGCCUUGUGUCCGAUCGAUAAAUCGAGUGAUACAAUCGAGAGCACGUUGUGCGGAACAAGUUGCCGCGUUACGCAACGUGGCGUUGCGAUUCGCAGCAGGCGGGAAACAAUCGCAUCCUUUCUACUCAUUUUAUUUUGUCACCUUCGCGAUUUCCCGGAUAUACAGUGUACUAUUAGCAAGGGAGAAUUAGAAAAAUUUUAAAGUGGACAUGCGUGUCAGGAAUCGGCUUGAAUCUACACACCGAUGACGCAGGAGUCGGUGACGAGGUGACGACCACGACAACGAGCACAACGGGCACGCAAGAAGAAACGAAUCAAGCAAUCAUGGCUAAAAGCGCUGAGAGGCUUCCGGGUACUUCCGGCAGGUCGAGGACCAGAGACGACGGAUGCUGUUCGGUGAAUUUCCUGAAAUACGUGCUUCACAUCUACAACAUGGUGUUAUUCUUGUCUGGACUAGUGGUAGGCGGGAUCGGUAUCUGGACGGUGAUCUCGAAGCACUUCUACGUGUCCCUGAUGACGACCUCCACGUAUCCAACCCUUGCCUAUGCUUUGAUCGUUGCAGGUGUCCUGGCCGUGAUCGGUAGCUGGCUCGGAUGUGGCGGUGUUGCUUCUGAAAAUAGAUGCGUUCUUCUCAUAUACGUGUUCGUGGUGAUGCUAGUAUUCGUACUGGAAGCUGGUGUCGGUGCUCUGGCACGACUUUACGAGGAACAAGUCGGUCCCGAAUUGAAGAUGAAUCUUAAUCGUACUUUCCUUGAGAAUUAUUCGGUUAGGAGCAGGGAAACUAACGCGAUCGAUCAAAUGCAAACAGAGUUCAAAUGCUGCGGCGCCCUGAGAUUCGAGGACUGGCUGGUGAGCGAAUGGCACAAGGACGAGGAAGUCCUUCGAGAGGGGAGGCUUGUUCCCGAUAGCUGUUGCAAAACGCAAACCUUCCAUUGCGGGAAACGGGAUCAUCCGUCGAACAUCCAUUAUACGGGUUGCAUCUACAAGUUCCUGGAAACAACAAAGGAUCACUUGAUCAUCGUGGGCGCAGUGGGACUAGGUCUGUCAGUGCUUGAAUUAUUCGGCAUCGUUCUUGGAUCCUGCCUUUACAUCAAGCUCAGACACGAUUUCGACGACUGAGGAUUGCUUGAAAUUCGCGAGAGCAACAACAACGGCCGUUCCUGGUGCAGAUACAUGCAGAACGACACGGGAACCGUUUGAUCGUUAGAGCGGAAGCGAAGAGGAGCAGCCAUCCAAAGGGAUCCACGUCUUCCGUCGUUCGCCGUUCAGGAUUUCCUCCGUUUCUGAUUCUCCUGCAGCCGCUCUCAAAGGAUUACUGCAGCAUUCCUGCCUCGAUUCUUUUCCUUCGAUGAAUUUUACAGAGCGCGGUCGAGGAACGUGAUGCGAACGGACACCGGUUAUCCAUCGAAUAUUAAAACGUUUUAUUAAUAUUUUGCAGUUUCAAUUCGUCUAUUAUUCUUCGUUACAAGUAUGCUAAAUACAGUGUGCAAUUCGUGUAUCUAGUCGAACAUAAAAUCAUUAAAAUUCUCGAGAACAUCUCCAUAUUUUAUAGGGAAGAAAAUUGUUAAAAUAUGUAAAGUAUAAUGUUUCUUUUCAGAAGACUUUGCGUACUUUCACGAUCGCUUUAACGAGUAAAAUGAGCUUUCGAAUUGUAUUCCUUUGAUACUCCAGCUACGUUUCAUAGCUUGCUUUCACCUGCAUUUAUCGUGUGCCAUAUUGCGUUUACUGUAACAAUCGAAAUUUAGCGAGUAUUUUUGGAAUACUUCAGCCUUGUUCGCAUCACGUUUUUCGCCGCAUCCGGAGGGUCCCAAAGAAAGGAAACACUUGGAGAAAAAAAAAUCGUGCGUGAAUUCGAGUCACCGCAGCGAUUAUUCCUACAAUGGGUCUCUCUUUUCUUCCUGGCUUCCGCAGGAAUCAAAGAGAGUUAACAAGCGAAAAAAACGCCAAGUUACCAAGAUAUUGAGAUUCGAGGAGAAACGGGGAUGAAUGAGAACUCGUUUCUGUCGCGCAGGACACAGGACUUCCUUUCGUCUCUUUGAUCGGUCGAGGGAAAACGGAGAGACGGUGAAAAGUGUCCGGAUGAAUUUCAAUGAAUCGACCACCGCCCCGAGAAGGGACGCUCGUUAUUGUACCCAUGACGAUUUUAGAGAAAACGUUUUUAACGAAGAUCCUUUUUGAUCGAUUCCGGGAGCUUGUCAGCUCCUUUUCGCGGUUGAAACGAUCGGUCGAGCUAUACUUGAUCCAUGAUCGAGUAUCUUACCGUAUCUUCCCGUAUCUUCUUUCGUUUGGAAAGAAAGCUUCGUCUUCGAAGACGUUCGCUCGCGACAGAUGAUCUCUGCUAUGUUAAACAUACUCGGUUUCACUGUCGACGACGUUUCUCCCGCACAAAUCGCGCUGUCUCUUUGUAUACUGCCGUUAUAAAACCGCACAAAUGUUUCUACAAAUAUAUUUCGACGUAUUUGUUCAGAUGAGGUCGUUUGGAGAUAGAAAAUGUUUACGCGAUGGGAGGUGUAAUUAGAAAAUGUUUAAUGGAACAAUUUUGGAAAUAGAAGCGGUUACUGUAUCGACAAGUAUUAGAUUACGUGUUAAACUGCCAUACACUUCUACACGUAUUUCCGAAAAAAAUUCGACAAGUUUUCACGAAUUUAUCUUCAAAAUAUUUAAUAGAUUUGUACAGUACAUCUGUAACUAUUAUUUCAUUCUUGCAAAAAAUUACAGAAGUAUCUUAGAACAGUUAUUUCGCCACGCUGUGCAACAGAAACGUUAGCAUUAAGUCAGUAGUAUCACGAUGACAGUGGUAAAAGCCGCUCCGGGGACAAACAGACCCCAUUUGUCGAUUAAAACGGACCACUCAAUCGUCCUGAGAUUUUAAAGAAAAGGAAGAAACGAGGAAAAAAAGAUUCGAGUAGCCACAGGAGGAUCGCGUUCACGAAUAUUUUAUACUCUAUUCAAAAUGAAGGUGAAUCUUACGCGUCGAAAAAGGAUUGCAACAUUGACGAACUCGAACAGAACUGUAAAAACAGUGCCUUGAUGACUAGCGUUAAGUCAAGAGAUAUUUUAAAUUAUGAACGGUGUAAAGAGAGGAUGCAUUAACAUUGUAAAUGUACGUACAGUAUUUAUCUAUUUAUCUAUUGCUUCGCUGAUCGACACGAUCUUUUCGCGCAUUAUUUAUGAACAAUCGCUACGUUUGUCGUACAACGAAAGAAAUAAUUAUAAACGUGUGCGUUGCCUCGACGAUUGCACGCGUAUUGCAUGUACAAAUUCUACUGUUCGUUAACCUCGUCGAUUUUUACCUAACAAUUAUUUUCCGCGAUCGUUGGAUCAAUGUUACACCAGACAAAGUUUAAGGGACACAUAUUUUACUAUCACGCCACGGCGUUAUACAUGUUAUUUUAUUCUUAACGUUAUUGUCUUCUUUAUUGAUAUCACGUGUACAUGUACUGUCUGUUAGAGUUUAGAAACUUUAUAAAUAUUGUACAUAUCAGACACCCUAUUCUGUUACGAAUAAAGAACUGAAAUCGUA